GAAAGGUGAGGGUUUGAUUGUAUCAGGGCCGAUUGAAAUACCUCAGGCAGUUCCAGAACAGUUACAUAAUGUUUCUAAGUCGGCUCAUUUUUUAAGACCUUGCAAUAAUACGGAAAAUCAGGCUUAUCGGGUGUUAGACGAGAGGGUUGAAAGGCCUGAAGCCAGCGAUAGUCAUCAUGAUACCGAGGUUGAUAACGGUGUGGUAGAAUUAGAUUUAUAUUUAGAUUCUUCUGAGGAGGAUUUUAUUCCUCCUUCUCCCAAUGUAGUUAACACUAUUAGCCAGUUUAAUACGUCAGUCAGGGUCACGGGUGAUCCAGUUUUAAAGGGCGAGUUAAGAAAUUUGAGGGAUAGGAAUGUUGAAGUAAUUAAAAAUUUACCUGUCACUAAUGAUGUUUUUCUUUUAGAUGGGAAUGAAACUGGGUCACGGCCUGAGAAUUCCCAGGGUCUUUUAAUGGUGGGAAAUGACGGCCUAAGUGGGGAGGCUUAUGGCCUUCAGGAAUCUUGGACGGAAAAUAUCAGGCUGGAUAUUGAGGACGGCGUUCCAGGGGUGGAACGUUUUAAUGCAAAGGGAGAAGAAACAAGGACGGAAAAAGGGCAGCAAUUAAUGACUAACACGGAUCCCAGGGCUACUGGUUUCCAGAAUACAGAGAAGGUUACGGCUGCAUCUCAAAGGAUUCAGUCUGCAGUGCCUCAGGACCCGAGUACAGUGGUCUCGCUUUCGAGAGUUGGCGCCUCAGGCGGACGUAGUUGGAGCGACGUUUCCCGUCCAACUUUGGAAGCUUGGGACGGAGGAUUGGCUGAAUUAAUUAAAAAAUCUUUGGCUCCAGGUGUAAAGAUCGUAUGGGUGAUGGGGCAUUCGUUUAUAUACUGGGCCAAUGCUGAGGCCAGUAAGAAAAUGGGCGGCCUUCAGCUUGGGUGUCCUGUGGAUCAAUGGGAGGUCAAAUGGUUUGGGAUUAGGGGGAUGUGCUGGGAACUCUUUUUUCCGUUGUUUCUAGAUUUUGGCAGAAUGUUUCCUCGUCCUCAGGUUUUGAUAGUGCAUUUGGGGGGAAAUGAUUUAGGUAUGAUUCCUCAAAAGGAACUAGUUAGAAGAAUCAAAAGAGAUCUGGGCAACAUAAAGGAACUUCAUCCUGAAAUCAAAAUAAUUUGGUCACAGAUUACUCCUAGGUUGGUUUGGAGAUCAGCGAGGGAUUAUGAUAGGCUAGAAAAGAGUCGUAAAAAAAUUAACAAAAUAAUUAGCUCUUUUGUUAAGAGGUUGGGGGGAGGCGUAGUUUUCCACCCAGAUUUUGAAGUAGAUGGAGCUGAGGAAUUUUAUUUAAAAGAUGGUGUUCAUUUUAACCAAUUUGGGCUGCAGCUAUUUAUUUUCGAUAUAAAAGAAGCUUUGGGAAAAAUAUUGGGUUUGGCGGGACUGGGCUGUUCGGUCAGUCCAGUCGGUGGCGGGGGUGCUAGUUCCCAGACAAAUAUGGUACGCAAUAUGGCCAAGUGAU